AUCUCUCGAAUUAAGAGCCGGCGGAAUAAAGAUGUAGUGUGAGCAGAACAAGGAACGUGCUGUGCUGCAGUGGAGAGGAGUGGAGCGGACGCCCGGGCAGACGCACGCGUGCACACAAACCCCGCAAGGCUGACUCCUCGAGGACAGAGAAAGGCCAACGUCACUGCCCCGGGGCUGGAAAGAUGCCCUCUUGCUGCGGCAAAGCGGUGCGUAUUUUCGUCACCACGCUCUUCGCCGCUGUGGUCCUCUUCGCCAUCCUGCUGGCCUACGUGACGGGCUACCAGUUCAUCCGCACCGAGCGGCACCACCUGUCCUUCGGGCUCUACGGUGCCGCCCUGUCGCUCCACCUGCUGCUACAGAGCCUCUUCGCUUUCCUGGAGCACCGCCGCAUGCGCGGCCCGUCGCGGCCACGCCACCUGCACCGCACCGUCGCCCUCUGCAUCGCCGCCUACCAGGAGGACCCGGACUACCUGCGCAAGUGCCUGCGCAGCGCGCGACGCAUUUCCUUUCCCGGCCUCAAGGUCGUCCUGGUGGUGGACGGGAACCGGCCCGAGGACACCUACAUGAUGGACAUCUUCCAGGAAGUGAUGGGAGCGGCGGGGCAGGCCGGCCGCGUGGUGUGGAAGGGGAACUACCACAGCGACGGGGGUGGGGCCUCGGUGCUCGCGGAGGAGGCAGCGCAGGUGGCGCGGGUCGUGCGCGGCUGCCGCUACUCGUGCGUCAUGCAGAAGUGGGGUGGGAAGAGGGAGGUGAUGUACACGGCUUUCAAAGCGCUCGGGAACUCGGUGGAUUACGUGCAGGUCUGCGAUUCAGACACGGUCCUGGAUCCAGCAUGCACCAUUGAGAUGCUGAAGGUCUUGGAGGAAGACCCAGAUGUGGGCGGAGUCGGAGGAGACGUGCAGAUCCUGAACAAAUACGACUCCUGGAUAUCCUUUCUGAGCAGCGUACGCUACUGGAUGGCCUUCAACGUGGAGCGCGCGUGCCAGUCAUACUUCGGCUGCGUCCAGUGCAUCAGCGGCCCCCUGGGCAUGUACCGCAACUCCCUUCUGCAGCAGUUCCUGGAGCCCUGGUACCACCAGACCUUCCUGGGUAGCAAGUGCAGCUUCGGUGACGACCGCCACCUCACCAACCGCGUCCUGAGCUUCGGCUACAAGACCAAGUACACGGCGCGCUCUCAGUGUCAGACGGAGACGCCCACGCGCUACCUGCGUUGGCUCAACCAGCAGACUCGCUGGAGCAAGUCCUACUUUCGCGAGUGGCUCUACAACGCUCUCUGGUUCCACAAGCACAGCCUGUGGAUGACCUACGAGUCCGUGGUCACAGGAUUCUUCCCGUUCUUCCUGGUGGCCACAGUCGUCCACCUGUUCUACCGCGGCCGGCUGUGGAACAUCCUGUUGUUCCUGCUGACGGUGCAGCUGGUGGGGAUGGUGAAGGCCACGUACGCCUGCUUCCUACGAGGCAGCCUGGUCAUGAUCUUCAUGUCCCUCUACUCCCUGCUCUACAUGUCCAGCCUCCUGCCAGCGAAGAUCUUCGCUCUCCUGACCAUCAACAAGGCGGGCUGGGGUACGUCCGGGAGGAAGAAGAUCGUGGUGAAUUUCAUCGGUGCCGUGCCCGUCACCGUGUGGGCCGUCGUGCUCCUGUGCGGCGUGGCUUACACCGUCUACUGCGAGACGCAGGACCCUUUCAGCGAGACGGAGAAGGCCCUCCUCAUCGCCGGCGCCCUCCUCUACGCCUGCUACUGGCUCAUUCUCCUGGUGCUUUAUCUGGCUAUAGUGGCCAAGCGCUGUAACAAGAGAGAGGAACAGUACCAUCUCCCCUACGCCGAGGCAUAGGGCACCUUCUUCAACGCUACUUCAGUGGUGCUGCUGGACAAACAAGCUGCCUGGGACUGGUUUGAGAUCGUUCCCUCUCCACUCCCUGGUGCUAGACCCCAUGUUGGAGGGUGUCAUAUCUAACAUGUUUAACAGCGACGUAUACAGUAGGUUCACUCACAUUAACCACGAGACUCUGAACACUAUGUGGUAAAAGCAUGUCCUAUAUGUGGGAAAUAUUUUUUUAAAAGAUGUUUCAAAGACAUUGGGCAGCAUUUUGCUUCUUAAAUAUAAAGCACAGAUCAGGAGAAAUGUCCAGCCUGAGCUGAUGUUGUCUUACGGAGUCAGUGGUGUGGCAUUGGUGCUUAAACAGUCUGAAUGUAAAUUACACAUUCAGGCUAAUCAGUGGGCACCAGCCCUACAGAGAACUCUGUACAGACACUGACUGGUGUCAUCUGCCAAAACCAAGUCAAACCAUGUUUUUUUGUGAUUUGUAUUGGACAAUCCGACAUAGAUCCGUGCUGUUCAACAGUGUUAAAUGCAGCGCUAUUGAUUUUUCUACUAUAUCAGAUGUUCAUUUGACAGCCUUUAGAGCAAGACCUCUCAUCUUUAAGAUUCUCUGAUGAACUAUUUCUCCCAACAUUGAUAUUUUUCUGGAAAAGCAACCAAAGAGCGUUAUGUACAUUUUGCUAGACCUAUUUAAAUUAGUCAGUGCCAUUACUAGAUGGAGUAGUGUUGUUUUCUUGCUACUUUAGGUGCAGCUGCAAAUUGACUGCAUACAAUAAACAAAAAAAAGCUUAGGAAUACCAACCUUCAAGGAAAAAUGUUCUAAACUCGUAAUCUUUGACUUUAGAGUGAAGAAAGACAUCAGGAGUGACUGUGCAACCUGAAACUUGAAUGUGAAGACGACACACGUUUGUUUACAAGUUCAGUUUUCUAAGAGUAACUGUAAUAGGUGGUCAUCACUUAGCUAGAAAUGCAUUCGCUAUGAAGCUGGUAGUGAUAUAUUAAAGAUAUUAGCAGGGUACUGAUUAGGAAAGAACACUAGUUGCUUGUUUCAGUUCAGUGUCAGGUGCUUGUUUGAUACAAGUGUAUAAUUAACUUUUCAUAUUAGCUCAAUGUCAGCUAAGGCACUUGAAAAAAGUAAUACUAUUUAAGACUAUUAGACGACGUUUUAAAAGCUAUUUGGACCAUACACAGCCAAUUAUAUGUUUAUUACAAAGAGAACUCAUAUAGAGCUGCAUUGCAGUAGGAACACAAGACACUGGAUGCGAGAGCCAUUAGGCAUGACUGCUGGGUCUAAGCAGAGCUGACACACACACACACACACACACACACACACACACACACACACACACACACACACACGUCACUUUUGUACGCUAAACCAGCUUGUUCAGCUCCCCCUGUGCCAAACGUGUGGACCUGCUGAUUACACUCUUGCACCCCCCGACUCCCUCUCUCUGAAAAGACACACAAAUGCUGAGAGAGAAGGAGCCUGGAGGAAGCUUCUGGCAAUCUAUCAGGGACUGUGAACAAGAACACUAAGCCUAGUGUGUUUGGGUGUGCCUAGGCUAAAAUCAGCACCAGUACUGUUAGCGUUUACAGAUACAGCUCAUAUACAACUGUGUUAGACAAACAGUGGACUGAAAGACUAGUUGAUAUGCGGAGGGUGUUUCUCCCAGGGCAGUAGCAGAAGGCAGACAUAAACGUAUCGAUUAUUGAACAUGCCUACAGACUCUGUGAGGAGAAUGAAACAGUUAUUGGUUAUAUUCACUCAGUCAAGUACAAGAUAAGGGAUGAUGUUGGCUUUAAGGCUUCAGAACAGCACUGGCAUACGUAACUUAAGAGGUUCAAAUCUGAAUAUUUGUUUUACUGUUGAAAAUACAUCCAGACUUCUCAUUGCCAUUUCCUAAUUUUAUUUUAAGGAAACGGCCAUGAUCUCAAUCGUUAAACCUGAUGUUCAGUCCAAUGUUGGCAAGUCCUGCUCUGGGGAAGAUACUUGAAGGUGUCUAGCCAU